AAGCUUCACCCUAAUUCACCUCUAUAAGUCCCCUAAUCACAUGCGCAUCAGAGUUUGGGUGACGAGCGCUGACGAGUCUCGGGGCCGACACCUGGGCGACGGACUGACAGUGGAGCAGCGCCACGCCCGGCUCCAUGGAACAUACCGCCUGCCAUCGAGCGUGCAGAAGAAAUACGUAGAGGGCUGUGGCGUCCUGGUUCACGCCUGCGAUGAGCGCCGUUGGUCCUUCGUGCCCGGGAGCGGAGCCGGCGCGACAGAGACGCCCGAAGCCGAGGGCCCCCCUUUUGCUCCACGCACGAGCGAGCGGACGAGCUGUCGGCAACGGCACGGGUAAGGAGAUGAUGAAUGGAAAUUUGUCUCAUCCCUGGCAAUGAGAAGCAUCCCUAUCCGUCACUAAACGUACUUGGCGAGAACCAGACUUUACCCCACGACUUGAUGAAUUAAGAAAAAACAACAACAAUAAUAUCAUGGAGACCAAGGCAAUCGUCAGGCAGCGGCUGUCCUUUUGGGCCAAGCUGGACAUGCUGCCCGCGCUCGCCUCCAUCAUCACCGUCGCAUGGCUGUCGGUGCUGUCGGGCUUCAUCCGCAGCACCAAGGACGCGCCGAGUCUAUACCUUCACAUUGCCUACGCCGUGCUGCGCCGGGCGACGAAGCGUCUCUCGGUGCUGCAGCUACAAUGGAUCUCGCCGCCCACCAACAAAAUGUAUGACCGGUAUGCGCGCUCCGCUCGCGUGACGCCUCAUACCGUCGACCUGGGCUGCCACGGCGCAAAGGGCCACUGGAUCGGCAACAAGAACGCCAAGCACGUCCUCGUCUGGUACCACGGCGGCGGCUUCUGCCUGCCCGCCAACAUCGGCUACUUCAAGUUCUGGGCCGACGUCGUCUCCUCGUCGCGCGCCGCCGGCAAGGACGUCGCCGUCUUCGCCCUCACCUACACCCUCGCGCCACACGCGCGCUACCCGACGCAGCUCACGCAGGCCGUCGAGGCCCUGCGCUACGUCGUCGACCAGAAGCGCCAUCGCCCGUCGCAAAUCUUCCUCGGCGGCGACUCGGCCGGCGGGAACCUGGCCAUCGGCGUCUUGUCGCACCUCGCGCACCCGCACCCGGCCAUCAAGGAGCUCAAGCUGGAGGAGCCGCUCGCGGGCACCGCCGUCCUGUCCCCGUGGACGUCGCUGGAUGAGAACCACAGCCAGGAAAAGGUCUACUCGGGAGGCGACCUCAUCACCCCCUUUGUAGGCAAGCCCUGGUCGCGACACUACCUCGACGGCGCCGCGAGGGACUACUACACAGACGCGUCCCUUGCGCCGUCUAGCUGGUUCGAGACGUAUCCCGUCAAGCAGAUUCUCGUUCUCGGUGGAAGCAACGAGGUGCUGCUGCCCAUCAUUGAGGAUUUUGUUGAGAAGCUCAAGGCUGGAUUUCCCGCUGUGGAAUUCUUCGUGGGCAAGAGAGAAGCUCACGUCGCUCCUGUGUACAACCUCUACGUCGGAGAUUCGACGGAGACGCAACAGGGGAAGAAGUUCAAGGCCUGGUUGCGGGAUCUGCUGUAAAUAAGGCAAUCGUACAAGUUAAAGCAAGGG